CCUUCUUCCUCUAGGAAAGCUCUAGAAACUUGGGCGCCUUUCUAUUUCAUCACCUCCAAACUCUUCCCCAAGUUUCUCAUCUUCCAAACCCAAACCGAUCCUACUCAAUUCUCUUCCCAAUCCUUGCUUUGUCACUCAACUGUCAACUGAAUGGCCGAGGCAGCAUACACAGUGGCAUCUGAUAGUGAAACCAGUCGGGAGGAAAAAUCAUCAUUCAGCUUUCCUGAAACAACAAUUGGAAUUGAUAUUGGUACUUCACAAUGCAGGGUCGCAAUAUGGAAUGGCUCACAGGUUGAGAUACUAAAAAAAAGUGGGAACCAGAAGAUGAUGAGUUCAUAUGUUACAUUCAAGGACGGAACUCCUUCAGGGGAAAUAAGCAAUCAACUCUCUGCAGAACAUGAAAUAUUAUCUGGAGCUGCAAUCUUUAACAUGAAACGCUUAAUCGGCCGGGUUGACACGGAUCCAGUUGUACACUCUAGCAAAAGCCUUCCAUUUAUAGUGCAGACAUUGGAUAUUGGUGUCCGCCCAUUUAUUGCAGCCUUGGUUGGAAAUUGCUGGAGAUCCACCACUCCUGAGGAAGUUCUGGCAGUUUUUUUGGUGGAACUUAGGGAAAUGGCCGAAAUCCAGUUAAACCGGCCCAUAAAAAAUGUUGUUCUUACUGUGCCAGUUUCAUUCAGCCGAUUCCAGCUGAGUCGGAUCGAAAGAGCUUGUGCAAUGGCUGGCCUUCAUAUCCUGAGAUUGAUGCCAGAACCAACUGCAGUGGCAUUGUUAUAUACCUUGUAUACAAAACAAAGUGGAUUUCAGUCAACAGAUAGGAGUGUUCUGAUCUUCAAUAUGGGUGCUGGAUACUGUGAUGUAGCCCUAAGUGUUACAGCCCAAGAGGCACCUCGGGGAAUUUCUGAAAUAAUUGCCUUAACAGGAAGUGCCAUUGGAGGAGAAGACUUGCUUCAGAAUAUGAUGCGUUAUCUGUUACCAAACGCGGAGAAUCUUUUGACAUGUCAUGCAGCUGAGGAGAUCAAAUUUAAGGGGUUGCUUCGAGUUGCGACUCAGAAUGCAAUCCACAGUCUGUCCUCCCAAUAUUCUGUUCAAAUUGAUGUUGACUUGGGAGAUGGAAUGAAAAUUUGCAAGGUUGUGGACCGAGAAGAAUUUGAGGAAGUUAAUCGCUCAGUAUUUGAUAAGUGUGCUAGCCUCAUUAUCCAGUGUUUGCAUGAUGCAAAGGUAAAACCCGAGGAUUUAAAUGAUGUGGUACUUGUUGGUGGAUGUUCAUUUAUACCAAAAAUAAAAAAUCUUGUCAUGAGCAUAUGCAAAAGAGAGAAGCUUUAUGAAGGGAUAAGCCCAUUGGAAGCUGCUGUCUCUGGCGCAGCACUAGAGGGAUACGUUGCUUCUGGAGCUCAUGAUCCUUUUGAAUCCGUAGAUCUGCUAUCUAUUCAGGUCACACCUCUGUCAAUUGGAUUUCAAGCAGAUGGAAACAACUUUGUGCCGAUUAUACAUAGACACACCAGGAUACCAACCCAAAGAGAGAUGCUCUUCACGACAGCUCAUGACAACCAAGCGCAAGCACUUGCAAUUGUUUAUGAAGGUGUUGGCAACAAGCUGGAAGAAAACCAUUUGCUGGGAUACUUCAAGAUUGAGGGGAUUCCUCCAUCCCCCAAAGGAGUUCCACAAAUACGAGUGAUGAUGGACAUUGAUACUUCGAAUGUGCUGAGAGUUUUGGCUGCUGUAUUAAUGCCAGGUUCGCAUCUUUCAAUAAAUCCUGUCCUGGACGUGAGAAUGCCAACGGUUGAUGAUGGUCAUGCCUGGUGCGUAGAAGCCUUGCACAGAACAUAUGGUGCUACUCUAGACUUGGUAUCAGUGAAGAGGAUCUAGCUACUAAGGUGAGGAAUGCA